UAGAACGGAUGUUUUUCAUUUCCUCAAUCUCAUUCAGCCAAUCACAUCAGUUCACACAUUUAGAACGUCCAAUCAUAUCAGACGUGAUGUUUCUGUUGGUCUUUAACCACAGAGAGAUGGGAUCAACAGUUUAUUAGACAUUAGUGUCUCGCUCUGACAACAGGAACAAUGAUGAUCACUGUCUUUAUCUCCUUUUAUCUGUUUGUAAUCGUGAAAACGUCUUAUGAUGAUCUUCAAGUGCAAACAGAGAAGAUUGGAGAAAAUGUAGUGAUAAAAUGUGAGGAGAGCUUCAUCAGAGACAACCAUCAGUAUAGUUUUGCUUGGCUUAAGCAGAGUUAUGGAAAGCUGCCUCAGCUUGUUGUGAGAUUAGUUAACAAUAAUUUAAACGUCAGACACAAUCGACAAUUUACACAGCGCUUUAAUGCGACUCUGAAAGGAGAUCAGCUUGUUCUCAACAUUCAGGAAACUGUAGAAGAAGAUUCUGGAACAUAUUUCUGUGGGAGAGUGAAGACUGAUGUUACAGAGUUUGGAUGUGGAACGCUUCUGAUCUUUAACGAAGAAAAGUCUCAGAAGGGAACUCUGACUGAACUGAAGGUGAAAAGUGGAAAAUCUGCAGGUUCACUCCAGUGUUCAGUACUAAUGGCUACUUUAAGCUGUUCAGGAGAUCACAGUGUGUACUGGUUCAGACCCGACUCAGGAGAACCUCGUCCAGGAAUCAUCUUCACUCAUGGAGACUCCAGCAGUCCGUGUACGAGGAGUUCUGAGACUGUUUCUCCUACACAGAGCUGUAUCUACAAACUCCCCAAGAACAACCUCAGCCUCUCUGAUGCUGGAACUUACUACUGUGCUGUAGCUGCAUGUGGAGAGACAACUUUAGAAGAUUGUAGCAGCUCGAAAAUAAAAGGUGACUGUACUGGACAGAUGAUCAUUUUGAUCUGGCUCUCCAUUGUAAGAACAGCAGUUGUUGCAGUAAUGCUCUUUAUCAUUGCAGUGAUCUACAGUGUUAAGAAGAUUAAGAAAUAAA